CUAAAUUUAUUGUACAUUUUUUACAAUUUAUUUCAAAACAUGGAAAAUUACAAUCACAUCUCAAAUAAGACGUGUAGAACAUGUGCGGAAAAUUUUACUAAGAAACUCUCACCAUUGUUCAAAAAGGAAAAUGCCCUUAUAAUGCAUUUUGUACAUAGCAAAGAAUACAAUAUCAAGAUAAGCAAAAAUGAUGGUCUACCACAAAAUAUUUGUUCUGGGUGUUUGCAAGAACUUACGAGAUUGCACAAUUUUUUAAUGAAAUGUAAAAAAUCUGAAGAAAUUCUAUUAAAGAAAUAUAAAACGUUGGCUGCUUUUGGGGCGGUAUCUGAUUAUAAAGAUGAAUAUGACUUAAAAACAGAAUAUAUUUCAGAUAAUGAAGAUUCGAAAGAAUGUUAUUUUAAUACUGAUAACAAAGAAAAUAAUUGCAGUACUUCAAUAAAAUCCCAACUUGAUAUUACAAAUUUAGGAAAAAUAGAUUUGGAAAUAAAAGAAAAACAUCAUGAUAUAAUUGAUAAUGAUAGAGUGGAAAAAACUUCCUCAAGAGAAACAAGUGUUGAAUUAGAUAAUACUGAUAUUAAGAGUGAUAUUGAAGAAGAUGAGGAUGAAGCCUUACAAAAUAGCGGUGACAAAGUCUGCGACAAUGAAGAGCUAACAAAGCGAAAAACUAGGUCCUGUAGUAAAACAUUAAACACAGAAAAAGACAAAUAUAUAUGCUUACCAUGUGAUGAAGUAUUUGAAAAUUUAUCUGAAUAUAAACGUCAUAGAAAAAUUCAUCCAAAAUCAAGAAAAUAUGUUCGAGAAACAUAUUUAUGCGAUUUAUGUGGGAAAGAAUUCGCAAAACAAGAAACUUUGAGGGAUCAUAAAAAUACACAUUUGGGCGUUAAACCAUAUAAAUGUGAAAUAUGCGAAAAGACUUUCGCAGUUAAAAACGCACUUCGAAUUCACGUGGUGAAACAUUCCAAAAGAGAAACGUUCACAUGUGAAACAUGUGGAAGAGUAUAUACAACUAAAAGCUAUUACCGAGAACAUUUAUUACGUCAUGAAAAAGGAUCGUUACUGGAAAAUAAUGAAAAGCCUUUUAAAUGCCCUCAUUGCCCCAGAUCAUUUAAGUUAUUGUCAACAUUAACAGCCCAUUGCAAUUACCACAAUAAAACUGCAGACCGGAAGUAUCAUUGUACCGAGUGUAAUACUACAUUCAAAAGAUCUGAUCAUUUAAAAGAGCAUAUAAACGGAGUACAUUUAAAAAUUCUGCCUUUUAAAUGUGAUAUUUGCUCCAAAUCAUUUGUUACAGGUGCAAUUCGUAAUGCACAUGUUAGAAGGUCACAUUCUGGAUUACGUUAUAAAUGCAAUAUUUGCGAAAAAGAUUUUUCAUUAUCAACAUCUCUAUCAAGGCAUAAGAGGCGCCAUAAUGGAGAUAAAAGAUUCAUAUGUGAAAUAUGCAAUAUGAGCUUUAUGGCUGUUUAUCAAAUAGAAAAACAUAUGGAAACUCAUAAAAUUGACGAAACAACAAAAAAUAGCCUGAUUUCAAAAACUUAUGAAGAAAUAGCAAAAGCGGUAACAGAUACAAUUUAAUAUCGGAAAUAAACAUUUUUAUUACAUAAGUAUCCAAAAAAC